UUGCGACGCCUUUCCGCUCGGCCGAUUCUGGCGCAGGCGCAGUGCCUCCUGAGGCCUGGAUUUUCCCCUAUAUCUUGGCGAGGAGGUUCCCGGGCCCUGUCGCAGGCCCUGAUUUGGGGGGCCCCACCCGAGCGAUGCCUCGGUAUUGCGCAGCGAUUUGCUGUAAGAACCGUCGGGGACGAAACAGCAAAGACCGGAAGCUGAGUUUUUAUCCGUUUCCUCUACAUGACAAAGAAAGACUUGAAAAAUGGUUAAAGAAUAUGAAACGAGAUUCAUGGGUACCCAGUAAAUACCAGUUCCUGUGUAGUGACCAUUUUACUCCUGACUCUCUUGACGUCAGAUGGGGUAUUCGAUAUUUGAAACAAACUGCAAUUCCAACAAUAUUUUCUUUGCCUGAAGACAAUCAGGAAAAAGAUUCUUCAAAAAAAAAAUCUCAGAAGAAAAAAUUAGAUGAUGAGAAAGAAGUGUGCCUAAAAGACAAGUCACAAGAAUCAUUUGCAUCAAAUGAGCUAAAGAAAAAUACAGUUAAUACAGAUAUUCUCCCUGAACACACAGAAUUACUUAAUUCAUCUACUUUGGUGAAGCUACCAGCUCCAAAACCAGAAGGUAUACAAAAUAACAUAUUAACUCUUAAUCUGGUUAAACAAGAUAUUAAAAAACCAGUAUCUACCUUGGAAACAUCAGUUACCCAAGACAUAGAUAUAGGUGGUUUUCACACAUCUUUUGAGAAUCUAAAUUCUACAACUAUUACUUUGACAACUUCAAAUUCAGAAGAUAUUCAGCCAUCUUUGGAAACCCAAGAAGUGUUUGAAAUUACUACAGAUCAUCUUGCUAACCCAAACUUUACAAAUAAUUCCAUGGAAAUUAAGUCAGCACAGGAAAGUCCAUUCUUAUUCAGCACAAUUACUAAAACAGUUGAAGAAUUAAAUGCAAAUAAAGAAUCUGUUAUUGCCAUUUUUGUACCCACAGAAAAUUCCAAACCAGUUAAUUCUUUUGUGUCUACUGAAAAAGAAAGCGUGGAAAUGGGAGAUCUAGACCCUGAAGGCUCCUUAUAUAAGGAUAUAGACUAUGAGACAGAAGUCUUACAAAUUGAACAUUCUUACUGCAGACAAGAUAUCAAUAAGGAACAUCUCUGGCGGAAAGUCUCUAAACUACAUUCAAAAAUAACUCUUCUUGAGCUACAGGAACAACAAACUCUUGGAAGAUUGAAGUCUUUGGAAGCUCUUAUACGGCAGUUAAAACAGGAAAACUGGCUAUCUGAAGAAAAUGUCAAGAUUAUAGAAAACCAUUUCACAACAUAUGAAGUUACUAUGUUAUAGAGUGUAAAGAAGUUUUAACGCUAUGGCUUAUAUGAGCUUUUGCAGCCAAACCAAAUUACAUGUAAAGUGAACUUUUUCCUGUAUAAGUUCUCAUCUUAAGCUAAGAAAGUGUUCUAACAUUAAAAACUGCAUCCUGUUCUUGUAAUGUUCAUUUUUAAGAAAAACUAGAGAGUUCUUGGGCUGUAGAGAACAAAUUUCUCUACUUGGUAAUCUUCCAAAUUGAAGUAGAGUGAAUAAAUAAUAUGAUUCCUUAAAUGAGAGAACAUGAAUAUGGUGAAAGGAGCCCGAAAGACAAAUUAGCUCAGGUAUCCAUCCUGAUUCUACCAUUGGCAUAUCACAUGGGCAAAUUACUAUUGAGCCUCAGUCAUAAUCUGUAAUCUGUAAAAUAAGGGCACUUACUAAAUCUAGUCUCUUUAGUUUCUUUUCUUUCUAUUAAGAUAACUUUCUUAAUAGAACAACUUUUUUAUAAGGUAAUAUAUACAUACAUAAUACUAUAUGUUGGUUAGUAUUUGAUGUUAUUUACUGUUGGAUUAUCCUCAAAAUUGAAUUCCGUGAUGUUUGAUUGUUGACUACAGUUAUUUGUAAUAAUAAAGGAAAGUAAUCCUUUUAUUAUUUAUUCCAGUUUAACUAAAAUAACCAUCCAUUAGCCCAGUUCAUGGGAGAGGUACUUGAAGCUUAAAACAAUGUUAUUUCAGUACCUUAUAUUUAGCUGACCAUCAUUAUACGUAGUCACUUAAUCUUAACAUUCUGUAUUUAAGGUUAUAAUUUGUAAACCAAAAGUUUUAAUGAGGUUAAUUUUUUAAAAAUCUAUAUAUUACUCUAUUUUAGAAAUCAGCUUUUAUCUAUUUAAUGUGUAGCUUUUUAAAAUGUGUGCUUUUGUUAUUUUUAAAAUUACAGAAUGAUAGAGUAGUACUUGAUAUUAUACAUGCCCACUUAUAUAUAUUUUAUUAAAAUUUAUAAGCAAGAAAUUAUAGAUAAGUGGUAAUGUUCUUAGACAAGUAGAAAGGAAUGAUGGUGAUAUAAAUAAAAAUACUGCUCUCUCCCUGUGAAUGUUUUAAAAUGUGAAAGCAGACUUAGUUGGAACAACAGAAAUGUGAAAAAUAAU